AUUUACCAAGGUAAAAAGGCUAUGCUAUUGCCUGCUGUAAAUAGGGUAUGAUAUUUUUACUACCAGUCUGAAUCUCAUAUAUUUAUAUAGAACUCUCCGCUCCAUAAAAUAUAAUUGUAAGUUAGAGUUAAGGUGUGAUAUCUCAGUGCUUUUACAAAGCGAGAACAUUCGUUCUUUGAUAUGGGCAAGAAAAGAAAGAUGAUAUCUUGUGCAGCGUGCAGAGUGCAGCGCAAGAAAUGUUCAAAAGAAUGUGUUUUGGCUCCUCACUUUCCUCCAAAUGAUCCAGAGAAGUUCGCAAUUGUGCACAGGAUAUUUGGGACCGGCCAAAUCAUUAAACUGCUUCAAGGUAUGGAGGGUGAGCAAAGAGCGGACGCAGUGAAUAGCAUGGUAUAUGAAGCGAGUGCAAGGGUGAAGGAUCCCGUGCAUGGAUGUGCAAAAGAAUUUGAUGGCCUCCAGAAGCAAAUUGAUGAACUGGAAUCCCAAUUGGCAGCCACACAAGCAGAGUUAAAGAAUCUGCGGUCUCAUUAUGAUAAGCUCGUAUCAUUUCUGGGCAUUGAACCUCCUGAUUCUCAUCUCGUUGAAUAUGCAACAGUUUCUACAUCACAACCAGCGGAAGAUAUCAUGUAUGAGGAGGUGGAUUCGUUUCUGCCCUGGGCGUCGCUAUGGGAUACAUAGAUUUAUCAGAUUAAGAUGCCUUAAGUGUCCUUUUAAUGCACAACGUACAAUGUUCAGGUGCCCUAAUCCCUGAAGGUUUGAUGAAUUAUAUAAUCUGUUCUAAGAACAGAUCUAUUAUGAAACAAUAUAUAUAUGUUCUAAUCAAUAAAUAAGACUGGAAUUUGAUAUUUUAAUGGUUCUUUGAA